CUCGGAGGAGGCUGCUCCCGGGGGAGGUGGCUGUUUUUCAGGGGGCGAGGGAGGCUGUGCAGCCGGCGGGCAGUUGGGGAAUGGCUGGGAGAAGCCGCCGCUCCUGGCUCAGUGUGUUGCUAGGGCUCAUCCUGGGCUUCAUCCUGGCGUCAAGGCUGAUCCUGCCCCGCGCUUCGGAGCUGAAGAAAGCGGGUCACCGGCGCAAAGCCAGCCCGGAGGGCUGCCGUCUGCAGCAGCAGCUGCAGGAUCUGCCGCCACAGCAGCAGCAGCCCCCUGUGCUGUCGUUCGGCGGGGCGCGCGAGGACUCCCGGGGCUCGCUGCUUUGGUCUCCGGAGCUGGCCGCUGGCGGCCACCCGGACGACCUACCCCGGGCCAAGAACUUUCUCUUCGUGGGAGUCAUGACAGCCCAGAAGUAUCUGGAGAACCGAGCCGUGGCCGCCUACAAAACAUGGUCCAAGACGAUUCCUGGGAAAGUUGAAUUCUUCUCUAGUGAGGGUUCAGACACAUCUAUCCCAAUUCCUAUAGUGCCACUACAGGGUGUGGAUGACUCCUAUCCACCCCAGAAGAAGUCCUUUAUGAUGCUCAAGUACAUGCACGACCACUACUUGGACAAGUAUGAAUGGUUUAUGAGAGCUGAUGAUGAUGUUUACAUCAAAGGAGAUCGUCUGGAGAAUUUUCUAAGGAGUUUGAAUAGCAGUGAACCCCUCUUUCUUGGGCAGACAGGACUGGGCACAACAGAAGAGAUGGGAAAAUUGGCAUUAGAGCCUGGUGAGAAUUUCUGCAUGGGUGGUCCUGGUGUGAUCAUGAGCCGAGAGGUGCUUCGAAGAAUGGUACCACAUAUUGGAGAAUGCUUGAGAGAAAUGUAUACAACCCAUGAAGAUGUGGAGGUGGGACGGUGUGUCCGGAGAUUUGCUGGAGUACAGUGUGUCUGGUCUUAUGAGAUGCAGCAGCUAUUUUAUGAGAACUAUGAACAGAACAAAAAGGGUUACAUCCGAGAUCUGCACAACAGCAAAAUCCACCGAGCUAUAACUUUACAUCCCAACAAAAACCCUCCUUACCAAUAUAGACUGCAUAGCUACAUGUUGAGUCGCAAAAUAGCUGAAUUGCGUCACCGAACCAUACAGCUCCACAGAGAAAUUGUUCUGAUGAGCAAAUACAGUAACACAGAGAUUCACAAAGAAGAUCUCCAGUUGGGAAUUCCACCUUCUUUUAUGAGGUUCCAGCCACGCCAGCGUGAGGAGAUUUUAGAAUGGGAGUUUCUUACUGGAAAAUAUUUGUAUUCAGCUACUGAUGGUCAGCCCCCCAGGAGAGGAAUGGACUCUUCUCAGAGAGAAGCUUUGGAAGACAUUGUUAUGCAAGUCAUGGAAAUGAUCAAUGCAAAUGCUAAGACCAGGGGGCGAAUUAUUGAUUUCAAGGAAAUACAGUAUGGUUAUCGUAGAGUCAAUCCUAUGUAUGGGGCUGAAUACAUUCUCGACCUUCUACUCCUAUACAAAAAACAUAAAGGGAAGAAAAUGACUGUUCCUGUGAGAAGGCAUGCCUACUUGCAGCAGACCUUCAGCAAGAUCCAGUUUAUGGAGCAUGAAGAAAUGGAUGCCAAAGAAUUGGCCAACAAAAUUAACCAGGAAUCUGGAUCCUUAUCUUUUCUCUCAAAUUCCCUGAAGAUGUUUGUUCCUUUUCAGCUUCCUGGAUCAAAAAAUGAAAACAAAGAACCCAAAGAUACAAAGAUAAAUAUCUUGAUCCCUUUGUCUGGACGAUUUGACAUGUUUGUGAGAUUUAUGGGGAAUUUUGAAAAGACAUGUCUCAUUCCAAAUCAAAGUGUCAAGCUUGUUGUCUUACUUUUCAAUUCUGACUCUAACCCUGACAAAGCAAAACAAGUAGAAUUGAUGAGAGAUUAUCGUGUUAAAUAUCCUAAAGCUGAUAUGCAGAUUUUGCCAGUUUCUGGAGAAUUCUCAAGAGCUCUGGCACUUGAAGUUGGAUCUUCUCAGUUUAAUAAUGAAUCUUUGCUGUUCUUCUGUGAUGUUGACCUGGUGUUUACUACAGAAUUCCUACAACGAUGUCGAGCAAAUACGGUUUUGGGCCAACAAAUAUAUUUUCCAAUCAUCUUCAGCCAGUAUGAUCCAAAGAUUGUUUAUAGUGGGACAGUUCCCAGUGACAACCAUUUUGCCUUCACUCAGAAAACUGGCUUCUGGAGAAACUAUGGGUUUGGCAUUACUUGUAUUUAUAAGGGAGAUCUUGUUAGAGUAGGUGGCUUUGAUGUUUCUAUUCAAGGUUGGGGACUUGAGGAUGUGGACCUUUUCAACAAAGUGGUUCAAGCUGGUUUGAAGACUUUUAGAAGCCAAGAAGUUGGAGUAGUCCAUGUUCACCAUCCUGUCUUUUGUGAUCCUAAUCUUGAUCCCAAACAGUACAAAAUGUGCUUAGGGUCUAAAGCAUCAACGUAUGGAUCUACACAGCAGUUGGCUGAAUUAUGGCUAGAAAAAAAUGACCCAAAUUAUGGGAAAAGCAGCAAUAAUAAUGGCUCAGUGAGGACAGCCUGAUGUCCAGCUCUGCUGGAUAACUCUUUUUUUAAUUAUCUAAUUUAUUUUUAAAAGUUUUAAUAUGAUAGGUCAUUUUUGAAGUCCACACAAGGAUAUAUUUUAGAAGUGAUUUUCUUACAAAGAACUCCUUAGAGACUGAGCUUUUUGAACAAAAAUGUGAUCAAUAUUUGCCUUUGAACACAUCUUGUUGAACAUUAUGUAGCAAUCCUGCAUAAUUGUGACUUGAAAUAGAACUAUGAUGAACAAAAAAUCUUUUUUUUAACCUUUUCAUUCCAGACUUCUUUGCUAUGAUUCUAUAGUAGAGAACAUGAACAUUAAUGCAAAGUAUUAUUGUAACAAAACACUGUACCUUUGGUAAAUGUUCUGUUGUGACUGUUAACAUUGCACAGAUUCUACCUUUUUUCUUUUUCAAAAAGAUUUUUAUUUUUUAAAAAAGCCAUUACAUGUUCAAGUUUAUAAAAUAAGGAAAUAUGACGGUAGUUGUGUCAUUAUCUUCAAAAUUACUUUCAAAGGUUAUUUCACCCAAAUUAUAAUUUUGUUGUGAUUAUGUAACUUUUGGGGAAGGGGAAGUGGGAAAAGCACAAUAUGUUAUGUGGUUAAUCAUAGCAAUUUGUUUGGCAUUAAGUCCUAAAUGGAUUUGAAUCAUAUUCCAAGGGGAAUUUAGUAUUUCUCCUUUCCUGGUCCUUUAAAGCUGAAAGGCAAUAUGUUAAUAUUUAGUCUGGCAAUGCAGAAUUAUUGUUGCAAAUCUAAAGUAUGUAAGUAAACUUUAAAAAAAAAUUCCCUCCCUAAUGAGGACAUUGGGGGAAAAUAUACAGUGUUCUGUAUUUCUAACUGCAUUCACUUUAUCCCAUUUGUGUUAUGUUGAAAAUGGUUAUUUCAUUCUUUGAAAACUGCUUUAUUUUUCUGUAUCUGAUAUACCUUUUAAUUUAUUUAAUAACCAUGGCAUAGAUUCCUGUCCUGUUUUUGAAUGCCUGUUAGUUAUUAAUAUUUGUGUGUAUUAGGAAUUUAAAAAAAUCAUUGUUAGUGUAUGUCUUCUUUGCAGUAAACUGAUCUCCAAAGA